AUGUAUGGUCCCAGCUAUGGACGACCCCACGAUCUGAAGGCAAAGGCUAAAGCAAAGGCAAUUUCUUCAUCUGAAGAAGUAGAAGUAUCUAAAUGCAGUACAGAUGAUGCUGAUGAAAUUGGCCGAGAACUGGCUAUGCUCGUGAGGAAGUUCCAGAAGUUCUCCGAAAGGAACCGCUUUGGAAAGUCUUCAAAGUACGAUUCAAAGAACACGGAAACUUCUGCUUGUGACUACGACAAAACAACUUGCCACAAAUGCAAGAAGACAUGCCCUUACAUCGCUGAUUGCCCCCUCUGGAAAAAGGGCUCAAAGAAGAAAAGAUCUAGCAAGGAUGAUGAUUCUGAUGACAAGAAGAAGAAGUCAUCAAAGUCUUCAUCAAAGUCCUCAUCAAAGAAGAAAAGCACCUCCGAUAGAGCUCGUGCAUUCAUUGGAAAGGAGAUGGAUUCUGAGGAAUCUGAGGAGGAAUCUGACUCUGGGUUGGCUCUCGCUACGGAGUUCGUCAGCAAGUCCAUCUUCGACCAUGAAAAAAAGGGUGACUCCAUCAACACUAAAGACUGUGCUGAUGACUACACUCCCACUUAUUGCUUCAUGGCAAGAGGUGCCAAGGUACCCUCAUGA